AUGAAGGUCUAUCUAGCUUCUUGCGACGAAACAUCCAGAUUGGCCAACUUGCUCCCAUCAAAUGAAGGAAGACAGAUUUUGGUUGAUUCAUUGAUAGAGGCCUUUGGUCUCCAUGAAAUUUGCGAAGUAUUUGACGUCGAGCCGGCUGACGAGUUCGAAUUACAAAAGUUCCACAGUAAUGAGUUUGUUGAAGAGUUACUAAGAGAAAGGGAGAUUGGUGGUGCUGCAACUGCUCAAUUGGAUACGUCGUAUGGUUUGAGUUACGAUUGUCCUAUCUUUCCUGAGCUAAAAGGUUACGUAGAGAGAAUCGCAGGGUCCAGUAUUUGUGCAGCUGAAAAAUUGCUAGAAUGCAAGAGAAAUCCACAAUCGGAACGGACCGCAGUGAUCAAUUGGUAUGGAGGAAGACAUCAUUGCCUGAAAGAGAAGGCCGCUGGGUUUUGUUAUGUGAAUGAUGUAGUGUUGGCAAUUCUAAAGCUACGGACUCGAUACAGACGAAUUUUCUACUUGGAUCUUGAUUUACAUCACGGCGAUGGGGUGGAGAAUGCAUUCAGGUUUUCUAAAAAUGUGACAACAUGCUCAAUCCAUCGCUUUGAUGUUGGGUUUUUCCCUGGAUCGGGUGCACUGUCAGACACAGGGACGUACAAUUUUCCUACAAAGAGGGGGCUCAGUGAUGCAAGUUUUAGGCAGAUUGUAGAAAAUAAGAUUAUUCCUCUUCUUGAGCAGGAACAACCUGAAGUUUUGGUUAUACAGUGCGGCGCAGACGGAUUGGCCUCUGACCCGCAUGGUGAGUGGAACUUAACCAUCAAGGGGUAUACAGACGCAUUGUUGACGGCUCUAAAUUCUGUCACUUCAGCGCAUAUAAUGCUCCUUGGUGGUGGCGGGUACAAUCACAGAGAUACAGCGCGUUUGUGGUGUUACAUUACAGGUCAAAUGGCUAAUGUAUCAGAAGAAUGGACAACCAUUCCGUCGCACCCAAGUUUGGAGCAUUUCCACGAGGACAGAUUUGAAUUUUGGACUGACGAUGUCUGCCGUGCAAAACCUGGGAGGAGAGAUGAAAAUUCCCUGGAUGUCCAUUAG